CGGGAGUGCAUCUAGUCGGUUUGUGCGUGAAUUUGGUGAUCUGUCGCUCAGUAUGUUUCCACUUUGGGAACUCAUGGUAGAGAAGUAGAGCACCAGUAGGGGGCGCCUUUAUCUGCCCUGCAAGUUUAACGUCAGCUCCAGAUGCUGACAAAACACCACGUCCUCCAUCGAGCUGCCUGGAAAGUUGCAUGGUGGAGAACACUUCUCAUUUCUGCAGCCAGGAAGCCCUUAUUAUUAUUAUUACUAUUAUUAUUACUAUUAUUAUUAUUAUUAAGUCACUGACCACCUUAAUAUCUCAGCAUAGAUUUAUUUUAUCAACAUAAUCCAAAUAACAUGCACAUUAGGCAAAUAUGUACCCCCAUCAUAUUAAUUUAUAAGGGUACUUAUGGGUUAUAAGGCUUGCUGGAGUGGUACCCUUAUCUUUUCUCCCCCUUAAUAUGCAUCUUUCAGCUGGACAUGUAGAUAUAAUGCACCUUUAAAAAGACUUAAAGUACAUCAUUGGACUGUAAUUAACUGUAAUGAACUUUUCUAGGUAAAAGAUACACACUAAAUGUACAAAAGGUACACGCUGAGGGUAUUACAACAAAGAACGGUAAAGUGAAGAAUGUUUUAUUUCAAAACGUUCCACCCACAGAACCCAAAAUUAUCAUCAGCAGCACUUUUCCUAGUUCAGAUUAAACUAAAAUUGCAGUAAGAUUCAAGCAGACAUUAUUUAUGCUUGUUUGAAGUUAUUGGGCUAUAGACUGAAUCCAUUCAAUCUAGUCAAUCUGUUGCAUUAUUAAGUAUAAUAACCAGAUAAUAACUAGAGAUCACUAUUAGUGAGCUCCACCACUAUUAUGUCAUUAAAAAAACAACUCAAAAUAACAGUGCGAACCCUCUGGUUAUACAUGACAGAUCCCUGUUAGUUUGCACACUCCAGUAGUGUAGGACAUUCAGAUGUUUAUAGCAGUAAUUCUGUAAUAGUGAUUUGUAAUAGUGCUUGUAAUCAAGGUGGUUGUAACACUUCUAUCUGAUAAAGAAACACACUUUAACCUUGAGUCUGGCAUGUAACGUAAGUGGAAAAUAGAUGACAUUGAGGCUAUAAUCAUGUGUAUGAUAACAUUUUUUCCACUUAUAAUAUGACAUUAUAAAACUCAGAGCAAGACGAAUAGAGAUGAAUAGAGAGGAAAUACCUGCUGAAGCAGCACAUGGUGUUUAUUGCUAAUGUUUAUUACCAGAUCUCUCAGGCAAAAGGGAUUUUAACCUUCACGGACCGGCUGGGCUAAAUAAAGCUCAAUCAAUAAAGAAAAGCAAACUGAAGAGAUUUUCUGGGCUAAAUAAACAUUAAAUAAGUAAAAAUGUUCCAACUAUUUGAAGUUAAUUAUUUACAUCCCAACAACAGACUAACCUUUAAAAACAAGAUUUUUUUUUUUUUUUGUAUUUAAUCUUCCACUAAAGUGCAGUAAGGGACUACAAGUACAGUAAGCAUCCCUGCAUUAAUGCUCGACAGCAUACAGUUGUCACUUAGCCGUGUGCCUCUUAUGUUCGAUGGAGAUCCUGCUCAAGCCAUACGCAGACAGAGCUAGUCACAUUGUGUCAUUUCCUGUGGAUGCAGAUUAGUAUUGAGUCUUUUGUAAAAGCUCUGAUUAGAAUUGAGGCAUUUUGUUUACAUUACAUGGCAAAAGGAACAUCAUUGCUACAAAAAAGAAAAAAAAAAGUGAGUCAGCUCUCAAUGUUCAGCUAAAGAGUUGAGUCACUCGUGAACGACACGUCACUUUGGUCUCAGAAUUUGAGUCAUUCUGUUUUUAUUUAUUCACUGUUUUCCCCUACCAUAGCUAUUACUAAAAUGCUGAAGAAAUAUAUCUAAGUGGUUGUUCUUUACAACAACAAAAAAAAAAGAUACCAAAUGGCAGCACCAGGUACCAGGCAGCAAGACAGACCAUAUUUUUAUGUAAAUUUGCGUGGCAGUUUGUUGAAGGAAAUAAACGGUCCAUAUUGACAUUCGCUCAUUAGAAUGAUAUCUCUAGUUUUAGGUUAAAAAAAAAGAAUCUCUCUUGCUUAGUGAUACUUUAAAUCUGAUCUGAUUUUGAAUGAAAUACGAUACAUGGCCAAAAGUAUGUGGACACCUGACCAUCACAGCCAUACAGUAUGUUCGCCUUCCCCAAACCCCAAACCUUCCCCGAACUGUUGCCGCUAAGCUUGAAGCACACAUAGCACGACAAUACCCCUGUGUACAAAGCGAGCUCCAUGAAGACAUGCUUUGUCAAGGUUGGUGUAGAAGAACUCGAGUUGUCCUGCAUGGAGCCCUGACCUCAACCCCACUGAACACCUCUGGGAUGAACUGGAACACCGACUGAACCCCAGACCUCCUCGACAUCCCAACAUCAGUGCCUGAUCUCACUAAUGCUCUUGUAGCGGAAUGAACACAAAUCCCCACAGCCACGCUCCAAAAUCUAGUGGAAAGCCUUCCCAGAAGAAGCAGCAAAGGGAGGACUAAAUCGUAUAUUCACAUACGAGCGUGCCGGUGAGGUGUUGACAUACUUUUUGGCUGUAUAGUGUUUGUCAUGUUGUGGAAGAAUAAUGCGUUUCUUCAACAGAUUGUUCUUGUGAAGAGAUUAUGUAGUAAACACAGGAAAAAGCUUGACUUUGAUCACUUUUAACCAAAGAGAAUUAUUCUUUAUUUGGGACUGGUAAUGAUGGUGACUUUUCUUUCUGCAUUCUGGUUUGUAACCACCAGAGGGAGCCAGAGAUACACGGGAAGCCCAUAGCACAGGCGCAGAGGCAACGAGGAAGCCAGAUUUACUUUACUUUUCUGUGCACAGAGAGUGGAGAUGGCGAUAAGAACUUUUUUUUUUAAUAAACAUCUCUGUCUUGUUCUUGCUUGUCGACUGGUACCUCUGUGUUUAAACACUAAAUACUCAUACUGAAACCCUUUCAUCGACGACACGAGAAUGCACAUAUUUGCCUCAUUCAUUUCAGGGUGUUGUGUUUUAUAUGAGUUUUAUAUGAGACAUCAUCAGAAAGUUUUAUAGAUGUACGUGUUACUAGUGCUCCAGUUUACCUCCAACUCUUAAGCAACAUUUGACUUUAUUUCGACGUCAGGUCUAAUUUACAUGAAACAGUUGUGUACACUGUGUCUCGGUGUGUUUUGUUUUGAAUGGCUGCUUUCGGGCAUGCUCAGUCAGCUUGUUUUUCACCAAGAACCUGCAAGCAUCAAUCAUCGAGCAGCGUCUGCCCCCGCGCGCUCUCCACACCCAGUGAUGUUUAUUAGGCGCAGCCAAUCAUCACUCCGAACCGCGCAUAAUUAUGACGAUUUCCCCGCCCCCUUCCCUGCCUCCUAGUUAAAGGACCUAUUGAGCUAUGAAGCUUUUCAGUUUUGUUUUGAAUCGAAUGAGAAGCAUCGCUACUAAGGCACUUUAACAACUUAUCCCGGAUAGAGUUUGGAGCCUUUUUUCUUUCCCCUGCAUCACCCCUGAAGAUGAUUUUCGACAAGGUGAAAAAGUUUCAAGUCGUCUUCGACUCUCCUGAUGUAGACUCUCCGCCUGUGUUCAGCAGUGGAGAUGUGGUGUCUGGUCGAGUCGUGCUCGAGCUCUGUGCACAAACCCAAGUGCACUCGGUAAAGCUGCAUGCUGAAGGUUAUGCGAAAGUUCACUGGACUGAGUCUCGGAGUGCAGGAUCCAGCACGGCUUACACGCAGAACUACAGCGACGAGGUGGAAUAUCUGAACCGCAGAGAAGUGCUGCUGCAGGCAGAUAAUGGAGAGCUGACAACCCUUCCUGCUGGAAGACAUGAAUACCCCUUCAGCUUCCAGCUUCCCGAAGAGACACUGGUGACUUCCUUUGAAGGCAAGCAUGGCAGCAUUCGCUACUGGGUCAAGGUGAAGUUGCACCGGCCGUGGGCCCUGGUGAAGAAGAUCAAGAAAGAGUUUACAGUUAUCGAGCCCAUUGACAUCAACACACCGUCCCUACUUGCACCUCAGGCUGGAACCAAAGAGAAGAUGGCUCGUGUCUGGUACCACAACUUUGGACAAGUGUCUGUCACCGCAAAGAUCGACCGCAAAGGCUACACACCAGGUGAAGUGAUUCCAGUCUUCGCUGAAUUUGACAACGCCACUUCUCGAUCUGUGGUGCCCAAGGCUUACAUCACUCAGACUCAGACCUUCAUUGCGAGGGGCACCAUGAAGCAGAAGCAAGCCGUUGUGGCCACCCUGUGUGGAGAUGCAGUAGGAGCACGGCGCAGAGAGACCUGGCACGGCCGCGCCAUCAAGAUCCCUCCAGUCGGUCCCUCCAUCCUUCAGUGCCGCAUCAUCAAAGUGGAAUACAUGCUCAGGGUGUGCGUGGACAUUCCUGGCACCUCAAAGCUGUCUCUGGAGCUUCCACUGGUUAUGGGGACCAUCCCUCUCCAUCCUUUUGGCAGCCGCACCUCCAGCGUCAGCAGCCAGUACAGUCUGAACCUGGACUGGCUCCGCAUGGCCAUCCCCGAGCAGCGUGAAGCCCCUCCUGACUACAGCUCGGUCGUCACCGAAGAGGAGGCCGAGCAGAAUUCUGCAGCUAGCCGUAUUGAGGAGGAUCUCAGCGCAGUGCUGGAGCGCCCCUUCAUGGCAUAUGUGCAGGAAUUCCGCUUUAGGCCACCUCCAGUGUAUAGCGAGGUGGACCCGAAUCCACAGCCUGUCAACAUGAGACCACGCUGCAUGACAUGUUGAACAUCACGCUGAGCAUCACGCACUGAUGUCAUGACUGAAAUGAAGCAGAGAUUUGCUUUCUGCCAGAGGCUCUGGAUGUCUGAGACUGGCACACGCUCUCGGGAGCUGCGUUCAUCACCUUAGGAUAUGUGUGGUGACGCCAGUUAAGGAUGAGAAGGAGGAACUGUCUGGACUGAUGGUCAGAUGGAUUCUUGAGUCUUUGCAAGAGAUAAAAAGUAGAAGAAGUGCAAGACGGAUGCAUUUUUCCGCUCACGUAUCUGUCUUUAAUCUAUCUCUGAGUAGACUUUGGUCAGUGCCCGCUAAUGACUAACAACCUCUGAAGCUUAUUUUUGUAUUAUGGAGGCGGCUAGACUGAGAAAGGUUUGCUUGUGCAGGAGCCUUUUUAAAGUAAUGCCUAACCAUGUGGGCUAAAUGUUUAGGUGACUUUUCUGUACUUAAAGUCAACAUUGGUGCCACUCCAUAUCCUGUAAUCACCAUCUGCUAGGCUGGAGCAAUAAUGCUUUAAGUGACAAACCAUUGUUGGUAGUCAAAGUGCUUCCGAAUGCAUUAUUUCUCCUUUGUAUAUCUACCAUCAAGAACAUAAUGUUAAUCUAAGCUCUUUUUGGUGUUUGUUGUAUGCGGGUAAAAAAAAUAAGAGAGUUGUGCAUGUUUAGACCUGCCUGAAUAUGCACGUGUAAUACUGGGCAAAAGGAAGUUAAAGCUUUGAGUUGAGGAGUCUGAUCCAUCCUGGAGGCAGGAUGUUUUCCUGAAUAGAAAACUGCCCAUGUGAUAAUGUUUGUUAAGAGGGAAUUGUGCUGAUGGCAUGAACAAGAAUAUAAACAUUUAAGGCUUUAACGUCACUCUAACAAGGUGCUUUUCUGUGUUUUUGCCAGCGGCCUUAUAUGACGAUUACAAUGCUGUAGCAGGCACAAACAGUCUUAAAGUCAUUAGCUGGAUAACAAGCCAUGUUUGUUCAAGGUGCCUUUUUCUGUUGUUACAACAGCAGCGCGACUGGGUACAGGGAUUAUGCAUGAUGAUGCAUUAAGCUUUAAACUUGUUAUACCACUCUGAAGUGUACUUAACAUUCCAAAGAUAGCUAAUUAAAUUCCAAAUUGUGAAAAACAACAUCAGGUAAUAACACAUUGAAUGUACUGUUUAUGGCACUCAUGGAAAACGAAUGUAUUUUAUAGUUUUUUUUUCAUGUCAAAAAUAUAUUUUCUUAAUUGUUUUCUAAUAAAAGUAAAACAAAUCUGA